CACAAAAAAAUGGAGAGGAGCUAACGCUACACAAUGGUAACCUGAGAGAAAAAAAGGAAAUAAAAAUGAAAAUACCAAAAAGAAAACUAUUCCUUUUAAUUAUUUUUGCGUAUGUGGCGUUUUCACUCUAUGCUGCAUACAAUGUCUUCUUCAGCACCAAAGUUAUGUCCCGUGUUCACAGGGUGGUGAAGAAAGAGUCAGGAGCGCUCCCGGGUGGUGCCAGAGAUGGCGGUGCUGCUGCUCCAUUUUUAGCAGAUGACUGGAAUCCGUGGGAGGAUGAACAGGUGGACUACAACUCUGCUCUGAGCAAAAAGAGGGAGGCCUUUAAACAGCACCUGGGUAAAAUUGACAAGAAUAAACCCAAAAGAUACAAGGUACAAAUCUGGGGGAAAGCUGCCAUAGGUCUCUACCUUUGGGAACAUAUUUUAGAGGGACCCCUCAACCCUACUGAUAAAAUCGCACAAUGGAGAGAGGGAGAGCUGCAGUCAGGAAAGAUUGAUUUCAGUUUCUACACAGGUCCCGCUGUGGUCCAGGGUCAUGUCCCUCUGGAUAUGAACAGCCUGGUUCUGGUUCUGAACGGCCGCGAGCCGCAGAAGGUCUCUUACUCCAAACGGUGGCUGGAGCAUGUCCAAGCUCUGGUCCAGUCCCACACAGUGUCACAUGUGGCUGUGGUCAUGCUGGGCAACGAGCACUGCAACAACGACUUCAUCGCCCCUUACUUAAAGAGAAAUGGAGGCUUUGUUGACCUGCUGUUUCUCGUGUACGACAGCCCCUGGGUCAACGACAAGGAUGUCUUCCAGUGGCCUCUUGGUGUCGCCACUUACAGGCAGUUUCCUAUGAUCAGGCCUAAUGCCCAACUGAUUACCUCCAACAGGCCAUACCUCUGCAAUUUCCUUGGAACUGUUUACAAAAAUUCCUCCAGAGAAACUCUAAUGCAGGUGCUUAAACAAUCUGGUCUGGAUAAGGAAUGCAUCACCACUGCCCGGGAGAAGUGGCUCCCUCAGGAAACAUCAGACAGUCUGAGACGCUAUCAGACAGCUCUGGCCCAGAGCGAGCUCACUCUCUGCCCAGUCGGAAUCAACACAGAGUGCUACCGCAUCUACGAGGCCUGCUCUUACGGCUCAGUGCCUGUGGUGGAAGACGUACUGACACCUGGGACCUGUGCAGCCGGGCCAAGCUCCCCGCUACGUCUGCUCAAAGCUGCAGGAGCGCCCUUCAUCUUCAUCAGUGACUGGAAAGAACUGCCGGCCAUCUUGGAGAGGGAGCGAGGGAUGAGCCAGGAGCAGAGGGUGGACAGGAGGAGGAGGCUGUUGGAGUGGUACGCCAGCUUCCGUCAGCAGAUGAAGGAGAGGUUCACUGAGGUCCUCGAGGAGACUUUCUUCAAAAGCGGUUGAAAAACAUUUAAAAGAUAUACAGGGGUAGAAGUUCAAUAUUAAUUUAUUUUGUGAUUUGUGGACAAAUGUGACAUACUACUGGUGUUGUGAACCUGAUGGCGUUCAGUGUAAUAUUCCUGUGCGGUUUACUGUAAAACCAUUUAUUCAUGUUGUAAAGCUGCCAUAACUAGGCCCCAUGACAUAUGUGUAUAUUUAUCAUGGUAUUGUUUACAAUGGUGGAAUGUCCAAACGUUUAGAAAUACUGAAUGCUAAACUGCCUUUGCAUUUUAAAGUCCUUAUAUUAUUUCAACCAUGUUUUAUAUCUGUUUUUAUGCACUUACUAUUGUGAUUUUUAGAAAACACUUAACGUUAGAAGUAGAAUGAGAUGAUAAUGUGUUUUUAGGCCUUGUUUGAAAAUGGUACUUAGUGCUAUUAUUUUGUAUUGUGAGCGACUUGAAAAUAGAUGUUGUUUCUGUGGCAUGUGUCACUUUUCUGAACAAAACAUAAAGAGAGAAAUCCUUCUUUGUUCUAUUAAUUUAAGUGGUGUGCUGCAUGUUUAUUUUUUAAGAUGGUGCAAGACAAUAAAUUGAAGUGUUGUUCUGAAGAGAAAUAAG